AUGACGGUGGGCAGCGACAAGGGCUCACAGGUUUUGAGGCCGCAAGGCGACGGGCCACCUAAAACCACCGUGGACGCUCUCAGCUCCACGCAGUCGUCACUAUGGUCGUCUGAAGAAAAGGGCGACGGCCAGGAGGCGUUCGACAACAGUGACCUCGGAGGGGCCGGCACAGCGGGGAUGCUAUGCUGCCGCUACGGCCUGUUGGUGUCGACCAUGAGUCUGCUCAUGGUGGCCGUGGGCUACGGUGCGCCGGCCGUGGUGCGCGCGUACGCGCUGAGCUGCACGGACCCCGGCUGCUUGGAGCCCAACGCGGCACUCGAACGCUCGAUGGCCGACGCCCAGGGAAACCCUUGCGACGACUUCUACGGUUUCGUCUGUGGAGGAUGGCAGAGGGAAAACCCUGGGGUGGCCAGCCACUUCCAGAGUCUACAGCAACGGGUCGCCACAGCGGCGAUUAUGAGCCUCGUGCUGGACGAAGGCGGGGAUGGCCUUCCGUCGCACCAGGUGGCGCGCCUGUUCCAGCGUUGCGCCCAGGUAGCCUUCAACGAACAGAACAGGAUUGACGAGCUGCGCGCCUUUCUGGACCGCUUCAACCUCAGCUGGCCCACGCCGAUGUCGAGGUGA